CAGCAAUGAGCUGGUUCUUUCAUAUGUGGAAUAUAGAUGACUAAAGCAAGGAACUUGCAAAAAAGAAAGAGAGAGAGAGAGAGAGAGAGAAAAUGGCAAAAUAAAGAAAAGAAUGAAAUUAAAAUUGAAAAGAAAGAGAAAAGGUAAUCAAACUGUCUCUUGAACUGUAAGAAAUGAUGGUUAUGUGAACAAAAUUCUCCGAGCACAGAAUCUUGUCGGAGAAAUGAUGGUUGUGUGAACAAAAUUCUGUGAGUCCAGGUUUCUGUUGGAGCAUGUGCUAACUUACAGACCAUGUGAAAGCAAAAAAAAAAAAAAAAAAUCAGGAAAAAGACCGGGAGUCACGGUGUUGUUCUCAGGGCAAGAACACAGGAUUUAAUUCUGGCCGCCACACCUGCCAGAGUGAUGUUCUCAUCCCUCUUUCCUCUCUUUCUUUCUUCCUUUCUCUCAAAAAAGGAAUAAGGACAUUUAAAGAAAAAAAAAAAAAAGAAAGAAAAGUCGUCUCUGGAUCUACCCUCCUCAGUGCUCGAGGGAGGUGCCCACGCCCUCAGGACACACUCUGCCCUUCUGGAAGGUAAAUAAGAGAAACGCUGCUGCCUGAGAGCAAAGAGGGUAUUCACCGGACUCCAGGGACGGGAAAGCAGGAGUGUGAAAGCAGGAGCCUAGCCGGACGUGAGCGGCAUGUGCUCUUCUGCUCAGGAGACAGAGGAGCAUUUUGUGCUCAGCCUGGAGCCUCCUAUCUCUCCCUGAGCUGAUCGGCCAGGAACAUGCAAGGACUGCUCACCGUCACUCUUCUCUCCUCUGCUCUGUCUCCGUUCUGCUGGGCACAGGGCGUUGAAGGAAAGGUUGGAGAAGUAGCAGAAACACCUCCUCGGAAACAGUUCUGCCACUGGCCCUGUGAAUGUCCUCAGCAGCAGCCCCGCUGCCCUCCUGGGGUGAGCAUGGUGCGGGAUGGCUGCGGGUGCUGUCAGACCUGCGCCAAGCAACCCGGGGACGCCUGCAAUGAAGCCGACCUCUGUGAUCCCCACAAAGGGCUCUACUGUGACUACUCAGCAGACAGGCCUCGCUAUGAGACCGGAGUGUGUGCAUACCUCCUAGCUGUGGGAUGUGAGCUCAACAAGAUACAUUAUCACAAUGGCCAAAUGUUUCAGCCCAACCCCAUGUUCAGCUGCCUCUGUGUGAGUGGGGCCAUUGGAUGCACACCUCUGCUAAUACCAAAGCCGACUGACAGUCCCUGCUCUGAAGCCAAAGAUGGGAAGAAAUCUACAAAAUCUAACUGUGGCCUGGGAUCAUUACAGCAGGAGCUCUCCACAACCUACAAGACAAUGCCAGCUUACAGGAAUCUCCCACUUAUAUGGAGAAGAAAAUGUCUUGUGCAGGCUACAAAAUGGACACCUUGCUCCAGAACAUGUGGGAUGGGGAUAUCAAAUAGGGUGACCAACGAAAACAGCAGGUGUGAACUGAGGAAAGAGAAAAGACUGUGUUUUCUUCAGCCUUGUGACAGUCACCUAGUGAAGACAGUAACGAUCCCCAAAGGAAAAACAUGUCAACCUACUUUCCAACUCUUCAAAGCUGAAAAAUUUGUCUUUUCAGGAUGCUCAAGUACUCAGAGUUACAAACCCACUUUCUGUGGCAUAUGUUUGGAUCAGAGAUGCUGUAUCCCUAACAAGUCCAAAAUGGUUACCAUUCAAUUUGACUGCCCAAAUGAAGGAUCGUUUAAGUGGAAGAUGCUGUGGAUUACAUCUUGUGUGUGUCAGAGAAAUUGCAGAGAUCCGGGAGAUGUAUUUUCAGAGCUUCAGAUUCUGUAAAACCAAACUGGGGGGGGGGGGGAGGUAAGGCUAACCAAUUAUGUCAUUACAUACAGAAGUCAGAAUGAUUGAAAAGGGUGGUAGAUCAACUUUACUGGUUUAAAACAGUAAAAAAAAAAACC